UCUGCAUUUGUACAUUUUAUUCAAAUAUUAAACUCUGAUGUCAACACUAAAUACUCAAUUAAGAAGAAUAGAAAAGAGAUAGCUAAAAGAUGGAACAAGUGCAAAUAAAAACCGAGCUAGAAGAUGACAAUGAUGAAUUUGUGGCCCAUUCAGACCCUCAGGAAACUCAUGUAGAGUCCAGAGACUCAGAGACAACUCUGGAUAUAGUGGUCAAGUCGGAAAUUGAUAUUGAGCCGACAAUUGUGGCUGAGACUCAGAAGUUAUACGAUAUAGAGAGACUGCGUAUUUUUGGUGAUGUGCCCUUUGUCAUCAAGCGAAUGGAGCCAGAGGACUUUUCAAUCAGCUAUACCAAAGCGGUGAGCAGCGUGGAAACAAUCUUGGAGCGAUUGAGACGCAACCAGGUGCCAAUGAGCACCGGCAUUGCCUUUCGCAUUGAAAAACACACACCCUCGUCAUGCAUAUUGAUUAUAGCCAUACUGAAUCACAAAUGUCAUUUCUAUUGCACAGAAUAUGGGAUGCUGUCGGAAGCGCUGCAUGGUCAGAUGUGUCGUGCUGGCAUUGAUUACCUAAUUGUUAACAGUCAUAUGCCUGUUGGUAGCGAUUACUUCGAGCUCCUCGACACCUAUCUCGUCUAUAAUGAAGAAUACAAGCUGUUCAAGCUGAAGCAUACUUCUACUGAUCCACCACCUCAGGCAAUGGCGUCUUUGCCAAAUAACAUGUGCUACACAAUUACGACUACUGGGACCACAGGAUUACCAAAGUUAAUACACGUACCUUAUGAAUCCAUUCAGCCCAAUAUAAUUGGACUAAGUCAAAAGCUAAACAUAUCCAUGGCUGACAUCAUUUACCUGGGCACUCCUUGCACCUUUGAUCCAUCUGUAGUCGAACUGUUUUUGGCCAUGCAGAAUGGUGCUGCAGUGCUCAUCAGCCACUGUUUGAUGCGUGAGUCGCCCAAACGAGUUUUGAGUGCCCUUUUCCCCAGCUGUGUAACCACGCCCGGCAUCACCGUAUUGCAAAUGACGCCAUCAGUGUUCAGGCAGUUUGGUGCGAACGCGAUACGUGAACACAUCUUAAGCCGCUCGAGUACAUUGAGAGUAUUACUCUUGGGUGGAGAACCAUUUCCGUCAACUGCAGAGCUGACCACCUGGAUGGAGCCAGAGGUGCUGUGUCAGAAGCAAAUCUGUAACAUCUAUGGCAUCACGGAGGUUUCGUGCUGGAGCACAAUGCACAUUCUUAAGACGCUGCAUUCGCGUGUCCCUUUGGGAACGCCCAUUGAUGAUCAGACCGUAUUGCGUAUCAAACUUCUGCCAGUAGAAAAUAUUUCAAGCGUUGGCUGUGGUGAACUUUGGCUAGGCAGUGCAACGCGUCGCUGCUAUAUACCAGAAACUGAUGAUGUGGAUAGCGAGGAGAGAACAAAUUCUGAAAUUUGUUUUCGCGCCACGGGUGAUCUGGUGCGACGUCUUCACGACGGUUCCAUCGUUUACGAAGAUCGUGCCAAUGAUGUUGUCAAACGUGGCGGGAACCGCAUUAGCCUAAGCCACAUUACACGCAAGAUAGAGAAUUGCUUGCAAAGCAGCGAGCUGGCCAUCUGUCUGUGGCAGGUGCAGUUGGAAAAGCUCAUCUGCUGUAUUCGAAGUCUGGAGCUCAAGACGAAGGUGCAACAGAGGGUGCAGACUUUUGACAUACUCUCUAAGCUGAUGGCUGUCGAGCAGCCGGACAGAUUCGUUUACCUGCAACACUUUCCCUGCAAUGCACAUGGCAAGCUGGACAAGAACUUGCUGCUUAAGGAGUCAACACUAUUGGCGCAGCCCGCCCAAGACAUACUAAAGAGUUUUCUACACGACAGGCUGGAGUGUGUGAACGAGCCAAAUGAGAAAGUGGAGAAAGCGACAAAGAAACAACGCGUGGCGCCUCAAUUGAAGUUGCCAAAGAUAUCCAGCGACUACAAUCUGAGUUUUCGUCAGGCGGGAGGAUCGUCAUUCCAUGCGAUAACGUUGUGCCGAGAAAUUGGCCUACAGAUGUGCAUUGACGAUGAGCAGCGGCAUCUGUUUGACCUGCUGCUGGACGAAAAUGUACCGUUGCGCGACGUGCUGAGCUACCUGGAUAAAGCGAAGCUUGUGGCACACAAUACCAAAAUAAAACCAGUUGAGCCCAUUUCGAAUUCCACGGUUAGUCCGAAAGCCAAUAGCGGACUGGUCAUCAGACGCAUCGAAAAGCUGGACAUUAACUGUCAGUUCCAAUGGAAGGUGAAUUUCGGCAAGUGUAUUGAUUCACCGGUGGCACAAUUCGAUGAUCGUUAUGUGUGCGUGGGCGCCCAUUCGAAGAUACUACGUACCCUCGAUGCGAUGUCGGGCAAAGAGGUAUGCCAGAUGAAGCUCAGUGACCGCAUUGAGUGCAAAGUCACGUUUGCUAGCAAGCAGCUGGCCAUUGUGGGGUGCUACGAUGGUUGCCUGUAUGGAUUCGAUCCCAUGGAGGGUAAAGUUUUAUGGUGCGCUGAAAUCGGUGGCAUGAUCAAAUCGCAGCCAUUCCUCUCAUCGAACGGUGACCGCGUUGUGGUCUGCAGCUAUGCAGACGACUAUAAUGUCAUAUGCCUGUCCAUGGAUCGGCAGCAAAUACUCUGGUGCAUGCGCAUUGGCAGAAAGGGAAUUUUUGCUAGUCCACUGGAGCUGACCGGGCAACAGGCGGUGAUUAUUUGCACACUGGAUGGUCAUUAUGCACGCGUCUCGCUACUGAAUGGCGCGAUGCAGUGGCUCCAGAGGUGUAAGAAACCCUUCUUCUCAUCACCCGUCCUGCUGGACUCGAGUGCUGACAUCUUUGCCUGCGCCGAGGUAGCUGGACGCGUCCAUGCCUGCGAUGUGAAUAGUGGAAAGAUUCUGGCCACUUAUGCAGUGGAGGGCGACAUAUUCUCUUCGUUGGUAGCGAAGACGACGCCCACACACAUGGGACACACUUUGGUGCUCUUUGGAUGCAUUGAUCAUCACGUGUACUGCCUGCGAUGCAAAACGAGUGCCGGUCCAAAGACGUCUUUGGAGCUACAAUGGAGGGUGAAUGUGGGCGGUUCAAUCUAUGCGACACCCACAAUACUAACAAUAGAGCCAAGUCAGAAUUUGGUAUUUUGUUGCACCACCGAUGGUCAAAUUGCGAUUACAAAUCUGAGCACCGGGCAGAUGCAGUUUUGGGACAAGCUGCCAGGCGAAUUGUUCUCCGCGCCGUGCUACAUUGAGAGCCUUAGACGCAUUUAUUUGGGUUGCCGUGAUAAUUAUUUGUAUUGUAUGGGAAUUUAAGAAUAACGAAUGAUCAAGUAAAAGAUUCUAAUCAAUUUUUGGACUCUAAAAGAAAUCCAAGUUGUGCCAUUAUCUUUUCCUUGAGUAUCAACUUAUUAUAUUAUCCGAUCAAUUUGAAUAAUACAUAUACAUAUAUAUAGAUUUAAACUCUGUACCCAAAAUAUCUUCCCGACUCACGUCCUUAAACGAAUUAAGGCAAUAAAAAUAGUUGUUUUUAAA